AUGGCAUCUUCAACAUAUAAAUCAAUAUUUAAUAUAAAGAUAUUAUUUUUAUAUUCUACAACUUUGAAUCAAUUGAACAGUAAAAGACUACAGGUUGAAAAUAAUCUACUCCACAAUGAGUUGACAAUGAACAAUCUAAAAGAUGAGAUCGAUCGUUUGACCUCUAUGAAUACUAAACAAUUAAAUAGAUAUCAAUUCGAGCUAGAACAAUAUAAAUCGAUAAUAGACGAAUUAGAAAUACAAUUACACAACCAAAUUGAAUCGAUCAACUUUAAAAAUAAUGAAAAAGAAUCAACUACUAUAAUACCAAUACUUUUAUUUACAUGUAAUAGAUCAUUUUAUUUAAAUCCAUCUUUAAAUAGUUUAUUAAAAAUUAGAAAAGAAAAAGAUAAAGUUAGACAUCCAAUCAUUGUUUCACAAGAUUGUGAUGAUUUACUUACAACUCAAACACUUAAUAGAUUUAAAGAUGAUAUUAUUAUAUUUAGACAUCAAAACUAUACAAAAGUACCAUCGUAUGAAGCUAUUGCCAAUCAUUAUAAAUGGGCAUUGUCUCAGGUGUUCAGAUUACAUUUUGAAGCAGUCAUUGUUUUAGAGGACGAUUUGGAAGUGUCACCGGAUUUCUUGGAUUACUUUAACUAUUUCUAUCCAGUGUUGCUUGAAGAUAGUUCAUUGUUUUGUAUUAGUGCGUGGAAUGACUUUGGAAAAACGAAUUUUACCAAUCCAGAUUGGAAUAGAGCAGUCACUACCUUUCAGAGAACAGAAUUCUUCCCUGGAUUAGGUUGGUUAUUGACAUCGAAAUUUUGGAAUGAAAUAGUUGAACAAUGGCCUACAAACUAUUGGGAUGACUUUCUAAGAACAAAGUUGGUGACCAAAGGACGACACUGUAUACAACCACAAGUUCCAAGAGUGAAAAACAUUGGACAUCUAGGGACAAGUGAUACCGGUGUCUACGAUAAGCAUCUCAAAGACAUUGAAUAUAAUAACAAAUCAAUAGAUUAUUUUAAAUUCGAUAAAAAUCAAUUUAAAUUAGAUAAUUAUAUUGCUAAACUAAAGAAUGAUAUAGAACAAGCAAAAUUGAUUCAAUUAUAUGAAAUAGAUGCAUAUGGAUAUAAGAAUAUGACUUUGAAUUUCAAUCUAUUACAAAACUAA